ACACAGGUGUGCGCCCAUGACUGGGCGGCGUGUCUCCUCACAGGUGAGAAGUGGUACAAGCGUCACCUGACCUACCGCAUCAUGAACUGGCCACGCCACCUCUCCCAGGAGUCUGUGCGCUCAGCGGUGAGGACGGCCUUCCAGCUGUGGAGCGACGUGUCGGGCCUGGUGUUCCGGGAGCUCGUCCUGGACUCGCCCACCGACAUCCGACUGGCUUUCUACGAGGGCGAGCACAACGACGGCUCGGGGAACGCCUUCGAUGGACCAGGCGGUGCCCUGGCCCACGCCUUCUUCCCGUGCCGCGGCGAAGCCCACUUCGACAUGGCAGAGCGCUGGACGCUGAACGGGCACAAGGGGCACAACCUGUUCCUGGUGACGGCGCACGAGAUCGGGCACACGCUGGGCCUGGAGCACUCGCCCGCGCGCAGCGCCCUCAUGUCCCCCUACUACAAGAAGAUGGGGCGCAGCCUGCCCCUCAGCUGGGAUGACAUCAGCGCCGUGCAGCAGCUCUACGGGAAGCCCCCUAGUGGCCGACAGGUGCAGCUGCCGGGGCAGGCUCUGAGCUGGGUCAUGCAGGACUGGGAGAAAGCAGAGAGCACAGAUCAGCCUCAUUACUGCAGCGGGGUGUUUGACGCCAUCACCAUGGACCAGAACCGCACGGCCCUGGUGUUUCGGGGGAAUCUCUUCUGGACCGUGACCCCUGAGGGUACAGCAAGUUCCCCCACCCCCCUCCAACAGCGCUGGGCUCACCUCCCAUUGGCCAUCGAAGCAGCAGCCUUCUCCCCAUUGGACGGGAAGCUAUACUUCUUUAAAGGGAAGCGGAUGUGGCGUUACUCGGGCUCCGCGCUGGACGCCGGCUUCCCCAGGAAGAGCAGCGAGGCUGAGCUCCCGCACCACCCAGACUGCGCCUUCUUCUACGCGCCGCUCGGACACAUGGUCAUCUUCAAAGGCUCGCGCUACUUCGUGCUCAACCUGGAGACGCUGCGCUCAGAGCCCUACUACCCUCGCGGGCUCUCCGACUGGAAGGGCGUGCCGCGGGGGGCUAACGGCGCCGUAACCCGACCCGACGGCAAGCUGUACUUCUUCAGGCAGCAGCGGUUCUGGCGGUUCGACACGAAGAAGGUGCGCGUGAGGGGGGCGGGACAGUGGGCCAAGGAGCUGGAGUGGACUGGAUGCCAAAGGACUCUGAGCAAUGAGAUAAACUAACACAGUGGACUGGAUGCCAAAGGACUCUGAGCAAUGAGAUAAACUAACAGAGUGGACUGGAUGCCAAAGGACUCUGGGCAAUGAGAUAAACUAACAGCCGAGAAGGGAACUUAUAAAUGUGCUAAAACCAAGAGGCCAAGUGGUGGGGAGGGAGAGGGUGAUUGGACUGUGUGAUGGGACAGGGCCAAUGAUGCUGCGUCUAAGACACUGUGUCAGUGAAAGGAGCGUCAGAGAGCUACGGCAACCUGAAGCCAAACUCUGUGAAAUCUAUAAAGUUUGCAUUCCUGA